AAAAUUAUCCAAAUGCAGAAUAAUACAAAUUAAAUAUAUUUAAAUGGAUGAGCACACAUUAAAUGACUUAUUGGAGUGUUCUGUAUGUUUGGAGCGUUUGGACACCACCUCCAAAGUUUUGCCGUGCCAACACACCUUCUGUCGCAAAUGCUUACAGGACAUUGUCGCCAGCCAGCAGAAGCUGCGAUGUCCAGAAUGCCGGGUUUUGGUGAAUUGUCGCAUUGAUGAGUUGCCGCCAAAUGUGUUACUGAUGAGAAUUUUAGAAGGCAUGAAGCAAAAUGCUGGCAAAAAUGACCCUAAAACCGAAGAGUUGCCAAAAAAAAUACAACUGCAGCAGGAAGCUCAGCCCACGCAACAACAACUGCAACAGAAGCAACAACAGCAGCACUACCAAGACCAACAGCAACAAAACGCAACUAACCAACAGCAAUCACGUUCGCCACCGGAACAACAUCAAGAAACUCGCCAAAAACCGCGACGAUUUAUGUUGCCGCACGCUUACGCGCUUUUUGAUUUCUUGAGUGGUGAAGCGAGCGAUCUGAAAUUUAAGAAGGGAGACUUAAUUUUGCUGAAGCAGCGCAUUGACAACAACUGGUUUGUGGGCCAGGCCAGCGGGCAAGAGGGCACAUUUCCCAUUAACUACGUCAAAGUAGUUGUCGCAUUGCCCAUGCCGCAGUGCAUUGCCAUGUAUGAUUUUAAGAUGGGGCCCAGCGAUGAGGAGGGAUGCUUGGAGUUUAAAAAGAGCACCGUGAUUCAUGUGCUCCGACGCGUCGAUCACAAUUGGGCAGAGGGUCGCAUUGGACAAACGAUUGGUAUAUUUCCUAUAGCCUUCGUUGAGCUAAAUGUAGCUGCUAAGAAGCUAUUGGAUAGCGGCUCCACAAAUCCAUUACCACAGGCGCCAGCACAACUAAUGCAGCAACGCGCAUUACCCCCUGUGCCAGUUAUCGAUCCCACGCAAAUCACGAAUGAAUCCAGUACGGGCUCUUCCAACAGUUAUUCCUCCAACAACAACAGCAGCAGCAAUUCAAGCUCCACUAGCAGCUCCAACAACUGCAGUCCUAACCAUCAAUCGCUUCCCAAUACCCCACAACAUGCAGCAGCUGUGGCUGCAGCUGCUGCUCCGUCUGUAGCUGGAAAUGGCUCGGUGCGUUAUCGUGACAAGGGAGCUAAGGAGAAGCGUCACUCGUUGAAUGCUUUGCUGCAAUCAGCGCCACUUAGUUUAUUGCAGACGAAUCGACAUUCCGCUGAGAUACUGAGUCUGCCCCAUGAGCUGAGUCGGUUGGAGGUCGGCUCACAGGCAGCCACAGCCACAUCCACUUCCGCAGCAGUCAUAAUGCAGCCGUCGCAAACGUCGCGAGUGCUAAAGACUCAGAUGCAUCAACAGCAAAUGCCUCCUACUCUACCUUGGGGGUACCUCGCAUUAUUUGCCUACAAGCCUCGACAUGCCGAUGAGCUGGAACUGAAAAAGGGAUGCGUUUACAUCGUUACUGAACGAUGUGUCGAUGGCUGGUUCAAGGGAAAAAAUUGGCUAGAUAUUAUGGGAGUGUUCCCGGGCAACUAUCUGACACCAUUACGCACACGCGAUCAGCAGCAGCUGAUGCAUCAGUGGAAAUAUGUGCCACCCUUGACAGAUAUUAGUACGCCAGCCCAAACGCUGGAUGUGCGUCUCAGCAAUAUGCUGCCUAUCCAUCCGCCAGAUUUACCGCCGCGUCAGCAACAUCAGCAACAACAGUCUCAAACAACUACCAGCAGCUCCGUCUGGACUAAGCCCGUCGAGGUUUUAUUUAGCCGCAAGUCUAGUGGCCACACCGAAAGCAGAGCCGACAGUGUGGGCAGCAGCUCUGGCGCUGUGGGUCUUAUGCGCCGCUUGACUCAUAUGAAGUCACGCUCCAAAUCGCCAGGUGCUUCAUUGCAGCCGAAGCAACAGCAAUUGGCGAAAAAGGACUCAAGCACCACAGCAGCUGAAAAUGUGGUCCAAGCCGCGCCAUUACAUCCAGUGCACGUGAGAUCUGGCUCAUGUCCCAGUCAGCUGCAGCAAAGUGAGCAACUGAAAGAAACCACUGGAGCAUCUGCAGCAACUCCUUCAAAUGCUGCCCAACUCUAUCAAGAUACUAGGAACGUCUCAUACGGCUCUCAGCGUAUCAAAAGCAACAAGGAUCGCCCGCAGUUGCUGUGUGCUAGACAAUCUUUGGAUGCGGCUACGUUCUGCAGCAUGUACAAUGCCGCGUCUCCACCUCCACCUUCAAGCCAUACACAAACACAGCUGCAUGCCAACAUGAUUUUAACGCCCAAUCACCGCAAGAGUCAGAGCCUUGACGCUGGUCAUUUGCUAAGUGCCAACAAUAGCAACAGCAACAGCAGCCUUAACGCUAAUAGCAACAUUAUAACAGAAGCCGCCAUCAAGGCUAGUGCUACGACAAAGUCGGUCUACUGUACGCGAGAGAGUCGCUUUCGGUGCAUUGUGCCCUAUCCGCCGAAUAGUGAAAUUGAACUGGAAUUGCGGCCAGGCGACAUAAUUUACGUGCAGCGUAAACAAAAGAACGGAUGGUAUAAGGGCACACAUGCUCGCACACAUAAAACUGGUUUAUUUCCCGCUUCCUUUGUGGAGCCGGAUAUUUAACCUAAUUUACAUUCCUCAAGUUUUGUUCUUUCGAAAUUAAUCGCCGGUCGAUUCGUGCUUCCACAAAUGUUUAACAAUUUUUCUUUUCAAAAAAGAAUAAUUGGUACUUUACUUCGAAUACAAAUGCUCGAAUAUGUAGUUUUUAUGCGAUUUUUUAAUCGAAUUAAUUUAAGUAAUAUACUUAAGGCACUAACACUUAAACUAGAUAGUGAAAUCAAAACACGAAUUAAUGAAUCGAUGAACCAA